CAAUCUUUAUAUCUUCAUAAUUUCAAAUUUCUUGAACCUUCUUUGACUGAUGACCAUACGUACACAAUCUCGAAAUCUAAUAUCACUAGUGGUCGAUAGAAUAACAAGCCCAUGGACUCUACAAGCCGGCUCUACGAGCGCCUCGGCCAGAUCCCCCAGGACCCCUCCGACCCCGAGAGCCUAGAAGACCUCAUCGUAUGUGCAUUCGGAGCUUUCGAGCGGUACUACGUAUGUUGGAAGACUCGGGGCGGUGAAUUCAGACAAGAUGGGUACGAUCUACCAAUUCAAUUGCAGCAAUGGCUCUACCCAGAAGAUGGAACGACAAGGGACUUCCCAUCGUUGCAGGUGGUGUUCGGUCGGGGUAAUGAGUACUUCGCAUCUGAUAAGAACGGGAAGAUGGAGUACAAGGAGCCGCCGGAGGCAGCUAAGAAAUCUUCUACUUCAAUCAAUUCUUCUACUUUGGGUGACGUCGAGAAACCGAUGCCGCUGAGGAGAUCCCGCACAAUAUCGUAUGUGCGUCCGUUGUCGAUAUCAGAGUCCAUUACUCGGCCGUUCGAUUACGAUACUGCUGGAAUGGAUACACCAACCGGCACCAGAGACUCAUCGAAUAAACGUACAUCCUCAGCUACGUCUUCGGCUUCGUCAUCGCGACCACCAAGUCAGGUGUUCUCAAGACCGACGUCGGAUCCCAUUUCCCGGCCGUAUAGCCCUUCCCUCGCCGAUACGAACAGUACCCAGGCAUCGAGUCGCCGAUCGUCGUAUAUAUCGCUUUCGACACCAUCAGCGACCAAUACGUCCUUCUCAUCACGCCCAAGAGCAGAGUCAAGUCCCACCACUACUAUGGCUGCCAUUGAAACAGCAUCACCAAAGGACUACACCCCUACCACCAUAACGACAACAACUUCAGACCCGUCUUUUCCAUCAUCCUUGUCAUCUCAGAGCCGUCUAGUACGCAGAGCGCGCCCCUUAAGCAUAUCCUUCAACCCGAGUCCCUUCCCCAAAAUCGUCGAGGGCAAAAGACUCUCAGCUGCCCGUUCCACCGCUGAUGGAGGCCAACCACAAGACCAAAAGCAAGAUAAAGACCACAUCCCCUGUCAUUGUGAUAGCUGCAUUACACACAGGAAAUCACCAAAUAAUAAUGAAAGUGACUUCAAUGACCAGACCACGGCCAUGAAUGUAAGGAAAGUUGCUUACGCUUCCACGGGCACACAGACGGAUCCAGAACCACCCCGUCGCUACGUCAACACUUCGGUAUCGACAGCUUCUUUCUCCGGUUCGCCAUCGUUGUGGAACGACGACAGCAACAGCACUAACCACUCAAAUGCACCUCCAUACUACGACGAAGACAACUACUCUGACAUGAGCACACUUCACCCACAGCCACCACCACCAAACCCAGUAUUCAUGGGUCGCAUGUUCGAUUACUUCAGUAGGCCCGGAUAUCAGCUUGGUGACUCGCUUGUCUCUAGUUAUGAAUACCACCCCGAGCCUGAAUAUCAGCAGGAGCCCGUUAUCUACUAUAACGAAGAAGACGUCAUCGAAUACCAGCGAAGAGACGAGAAUGAUUGGACGACGAUGACGAUGAUAGAUGGGAGCGGCCAGCAGGGAAAGGGGGGAUAUGUCGAGUCUUGAAAAACAAACAAGGAAGAAUACAAGAGACGAAAAGAGGCUGUACUUAUCAUCAAGGUUUGUUGUCAUUUUUAAUGAUUCGAAACUGAUAGGCCAAAGGGAGAAGAGAAGAAGAAGAUCUCCUUCUCUUCCGGACCCUGAAACCUUCUUCAGUACUAUGGAAUUGUACAAUUGCGCUCG